CAGGCGGAGCGGAGGACAGUGUGCGCCGAGAAGGCUCAGGGUGGCUGGUCGGAUGGUGAGGACGUCUGGACAAGUCCCGCAGAAAACUUGAGAGGGGGGCAAAAGUCCAGCCUGAAUGAGAGGCAGGCACUGUGGAAGUUCAUGUGCUCGGAGCGUGCUGGGAACUAAAUCACAUGGCAUUUUAAAAGACAUGCUCCAAAGAUGGCGGUGGUACUAGGGACGAGAGUUUCAGGUGCCUCCGGAGUGCAAAAAAGUGGGUUUGUGGAGGUUUUGGUGCGGGAGCGGUGGCACAAAGUUUUGGUCAACUUAAACGAGGAAGCGCUCACGUUGAGCUGCGAGGAGAGCAGCGUUACAGACAGCGUGAGCGACAAUGUCAACUCCAACGGCGUUACCAACGGAUCUUACCUUGACAACAACAAUACCAACUCCAACAACGGUCCCCAAACUGUGCGCACCGCGUUCACGGACCUCCCGGAGCGAGUGCCCGAGGCGAUCGCCAACAGGAAGCGGUGCGUCAAGGUGACAAAGCAGGAGAUCGGGGGUCUCGGGAUUAGCAUCAAGGGAGGAAAGGAGAACAAAAUGCCGAUACUCAUCAGUAAGAUUUUCAAGGGGCUCGCAGCGGAUCAAACCCAGUCCCUGUACGUGGGGGACGCCAUCCUGUCCGUGAACGGCAUGAACCUGCGGGAUGCGACCCACGACGAGGCUGUGCAGGCGCUGAAACGGGCCGGGAAAGAGGUGACACUGGAAGUGAAGUACAUGCGUGAGGCCACGCCUUACGUCAAAAAGGGCUCCCCUGUGUCGGAGAUCGGCUGGGAAACACCUCCUCCAGAGUCUCCCCGCCUCGGCAGUCCCCCCAUCACCUCUUCCUCUUCCUCUUCCUCCUCAUCAUCUGACCCCCCGAGCUCUCCCACCCAGCCCUCCCUGUCUCUGCAGGGCGACAGGAGGUGUAUACCACUCAAGAUGUGUUAUGUCACCCGAGCCAUGACCACAGCAGACCCUGAGAAUAGACAACUGGAGUUGCACUCCCCCGACGCCAGGCACACCGUUGUGCUGCGCUGCCCGGACCAACCAUCUGCCCUGUCCUGGUUCUCUGCCAUGCACGCCGUCACAUCCUCACUGGCACAGCGGGCACUGGCAGAGGUCAUCCAGAACACCGCCAGGAUGGAGGUGGCUGGCAGCAAAGAGAUACGACACCUGGGGUGGCUGGCAGGGAAGACGGAGAGUGAAAAGCAGAGCUGGAAGCCCGCGUUGGUCGUGGUGACGGAGAAAGACCUGCUGCUGUAUGACAGUCUACCACGAGGCAAAGAGGCCUGGCAGAGCCCUGCACACACUUAUCCACUUUUAGCAACACGUCUGGUUCAUUCUGGCCCUGAUCGGGGGUCGCCUCACUCUGGCACGGAGUUGUUCUUUGCCACACGGACCGGCACACGACUCGGCAUCGAGACUCAUCUGUUCAGGGCCGAGACCACCAAGGACCUGUCCCUGUGGACCAGACAGAUAGUCAACGGAUGUCACGCCUCAGCCGAGAUGAUCAAAGAGGUCACUACAAGUUGUUUAUACCAGGGUCAGGAGUGCCGGCUGGUGAUUCACUACGAGCAGGGCUUCUCUGUGCAGGCUGACCCCACACUGGGAGACGGGAAGAACGUGGAGGAGAGAGGCGCUCACACUCCUAACAGUCACCGGAUGCUCCUCUCAUACCCGUAUGAAAAACUGAAGAUGUCAUCAGAUGACGGAGUACGCAUGCUCUUCCUCGACUUUGGAGGGAAGGAGGGCGAGAUUCAACUGGACCUCCACUCAUGUCCGAAGCCGAUCGUCUUCAUCCUCCACUCUUUCCUCUCUGCUAAGAUCUCUCGUCUGGGUCUGGUGGCCUGACUUUGAAAAGGGACAUUUCAUCUCCUUUGAAAUAAGAAAUCAACCUUGAUUAGCCGCCUCUCUGCAGCCUGCAUGCAGUACUCCUCAUCAAACUCCUCCAAUUGGGGACCCAAGCUGAGUGAAUGUAGCCUCUACCUGGAAAUUGACCUUUUUUGGGUCUUCAACUCCAAGUUAAAGAAACACUGGAGAGAGCAACCAAGAUUUGUUUUGCUUGGUAUGACAAGGACAGAUUUCUUCGGGAUAAACCUCCCUUUUAGGGCUGAAUACACUGAAGUGUUGACUGGAGAACUACAGAAGGAAAACAUAGACUGAACCAGAAGUAGAAGAAGAAGACUGAUGUAUACAGGCAGAAAGGAGCAGAUUGGGCAUUACUGUCACGUCCAGGAUUGGAAGGACUGGACUUGUGCAGCACAGUUGAGAUGAAUUCACUUUUAAUUCAAUCAAAAUGUUACGGCAAACUGCCUCCCAUUUACCAAUUAAAUAAUUUAUUCACCGUUAGUUCUGAAAGGACACUCUGAAUUUCACUCAGUCAUUUUUCUUCACCAAAUAUUUGACACACUGUGGAAAAACUUUGUGCGUUUGUCUUUGUUAACGUCUCCUGAAAUGUUUUGUUUGCUGCGUCAGCGUUUAUCAUCAAAACGGCAGGGUAGAGUCACCUGGAGAGUUUCCCACAAUGUGACAAACAUUUCAUAAUGUCAUAGUAUUCUAUUAACAGGUCGCAUAUGGUGACCUUCUGGUGGUAAAACUAUUUCAGUGUUUGACUUAUUUGACAUUGAACUUAAGUGUUAAUGCCCAAAAAUAGAACUCAAUUAACAAGAAUAAAAAAGGUUUAAAAUUACAAAAACCAAGAGAAAAAGAAUGGCUGAUAAAAACUUUGGAUCCAGGUUUGUGUGAUACACUUUCCACAGAGAUAUUACAAGUAAUUAAUGUGUAUAAACGUUUAUGAUAAGGAUAAAAGUGAUUAGCGUAGUUGAAGGAAUAGUAAGAUCUCUGAUCUUCAAGAUAAUACACCUUUUCACAUUUCUAGCAGAGAUUCAAAUGAACAUGUAAAACAGCAGCAAGGAGCUGGUUGGCUUAGCUUAGCUAAAUGACAAAUGGAAAAAAAGUGGAUACAGCUAGCCCUUUUCCAGUGAAAAAGAAAUCCACUUACAAGCCCUUCUAAUUAACUCAUUUUGUAUUGACAACAAAUGAAUCUGCACAUGAUCACACUUUGGUUAUUGUACCGAAUAAUGAAAUAAGACUUCACAUGCUAAUUCUCUGAGUGUUUAUGGUGCAAACAGGUGGAUUUAGAGACCUUUGGAUCCUGAUAAGCUGUUUACUUUUUCCCAGUAAUUAUGCCUACCAGCUACUGGCUAUAGCUUUGUAUGUAUCAUUUUUUUUGGCUGCUUCUCUAAUUAGCAAUACAGUGGAUAAGCAUCAUUUCCCAGUUUGCUUUUGCACUCAUCUAAGGGUCACAAGAUAUCAGACGUUACCGUGUUCAUUCCUCAUUUAAAUCAGGGUGAGAGUUUGAAUGAUUAAUGAUUGCAAGGAUAAUUAACAUUAUUGUAACCAUUUGUUUCACUUUAAAAAAAAAAGAUCAUGUUUGCCUGGUCACGUUUCACCCCAACAAUCAAACAACUGCCGUGUGUAUUUCUAAUUUUCAUAUUGUAAUGUGAAACUCAAUCAAACAAUCACCAUGUACUAUUUAUCUUUAAUCAUGACGUUUCCAUCAAAGGAGCCUUCAGUGUUUCUGUAGACCUGCCGUAGCCAGAGCAGGACUUUAUGUUGUACUGAGACGUCUCUGACAUGGCUGGCUGCCAGGUCCAUUCCUCGUGCCUUCAGAUGACUUAGAAGAAAACAUUUGAACUUUGAAAUAAACAAAUCACAGAGAUGACUGAUGGAGCGUGGACCAACAAUGUUCUUUCUAUGAUGGCUGUAUUCCUUUUCGGUUUUGAGCACAGAAAUACUCCACCAGCAGUGAUUUUGUGAUUCAUCUCUUCAUUAAAUGACACAUUGACACAUUUCCAAUCAUCAUCUGCAGUCACACUGUGAAGAAUGAUUUACACAUUAUAUUUCUAACACGCUGUAGAAGAACUAUCGCCGGUUUUCGUUGAUACUAGAAGUAAUAGAAGGUAAUGUAACACUUUUUGUUCAGCCAAGAAUCCAGCACUUAAUGAUAACCUCAAUCAGAGAGAUGCUCUUUGAGUUAAGGCUGCUUUGAUAUGUAGAAUACUCUGAUGCCUUUGGCAGCUACUGUACUGUCACUCGGAAUGAGAAAGUUUAGUUUUUAAUGCAACGGUGCACAUAAAUCAUGUAUUUAACAAAAGUGACGUGAUGCGGGUGUUUUUGUGUUCACUUGUCAUUUAUUCAUUUCUCAUCCAGGGAAAAAUGCAAAUCAGCAGAGACAGCUUGGAAAAUAGCCUUGGGAGAGUUUAAUUUUCACUUCAUUCAAAUUAAAAAGUGAAUUACUUCUUCA